AUGGAAAUUAUACUGUAUUUAUCUGGCGAGGGGUUGGGUGUGAAACAUCAGCGAUGCGGCAAUUCUGAUCCCAUUAUCCGUGUAAUAGGCGGCAAUACUGCCCGCCCCGGUGAGUGGCCCUGGAUGGCUAAACUUAUUAUGCACCAUGUAUCGCCGAGCAUGCAAAUUACUCAAACGAGCCAAUGUGGUGGUUCAUUGAUUAACAAUGAGUGGAUACUGACUGCCGCCCACUGUCUUAAUAAUUUCGCCAACGGAGAUGACAUUACGUUUAUUGACGCAACUCUUGGUGAUUAUGAUAGGGAUGUUGACCAAAAAAAGGAUUAUAAAGGCCUAAUCAAGGAGGUUAACGUUCAUCAUGGUUACGACAAUAAAACUCAUCACAACGAUAUCGCCUUGCUUAAGUUACAUGAACCACUAGAUCUGGAAGGUAUGGGUAACUUUCUCGAGCCCAUAUGCUUGCCCGAAACUGGCGAACAAAGGCGUGUGGGCACGUUGUGCGUGGCCACCGAUAAAUUUGAUCCCAAUACUGAUUAUUGCGUCGGAAAUGAUGUGGAUGCUGAAUGUGUCUAUAAGGGUGACAGUGGCGGUCCCCUCAAUUGCCAAUUGGCCACCGGUUUUUGGGUGGCAGAUGGUGUUGUGUCUUAUGGAACUAAUCUUGGUUGCGGAAUGGACAGAUCACCUAGCAUUUUUACCCGCGUGUCUGAAUAUAUACCAUGGAUUAAAUCAAUUAUUGGGCCAAAAUUUUAA